AUGGUCUCGGAUGGAUUUGGCCCAGCCUCUCAGACAUAUGGUCGUUCAUUCUAUCAAUACAUUAAUAAUGCUACCGAGGGCUACAUGUCACCUUUGGACAAGAUCUUUGUCGGUACUUCCAGAACCCGAAGCAGUGACUCCCUUGUCACAGACUCUGCUGCCGGCGCUACUGCUUUCGCUUGUGGUAUCAAGACAUACAAUGCAGCUAUUGCAGUCGAUCCAGAGAGAAAGCCCUGCGGUACCAUUCUAGAGGCCGCUAAAGAUUUGGGAAUGCUCACAGGGAUUGUAGUCACCAGUCGCGUCACUCAUGCUACACCUGCAUCCUUUUCAGCCCACGUCAUCCAUCGUGAUAUGGAAGCCGAUAUUGCAGUUCAACAAAUUGGAGACUAUCCGUUGAAGCGUCAGAUCGAUCUCUUGAUGGGAGGCGGUCGUUGUUUUUUCCUCCCCAAUACAACCGAAGGUAGUUGUCGAACCGAUCACAGGGAUCUCAUCAAGGAAGGUCAGGAGCUCUAUGGAUGGAAAUAUGUCAUGAACAAUAGACAGGAUUUCGAUCAACUGAACAACAACGAUGAUGAUGGAAUCCCUUUGCCUGCUUUGGGAUUGUUUCAUCAAGAUCAUAUGAAUUAUGAAAUUGAUCGUAACCCUGAGAAGGAGCCCUCCCUUUCGGAGAUGGCGGCUGCAGCUCUAAAGUCCCUUAAAGGCAAUGCUGGAACCAACCAAGGCUUCUUCUUGUUGAUCGAGGGCAGUCGUAUCGAUAUGGCCGCUCAUAAUAAUGACCCCGUAGGUCAUGUGCAUGAUAUUUUGGAGUACCACCGAACCGUGGCUGUUGUUCGUGACUUUGUGAACAAGAAUCCGGAUACGUUGCUUAUUUCGACCAGCGAUCACGAAACCGGUGGAUUCACAUUGGGAUUCCAGGACGACCCCAAGACGUACCCUGAAUACCUUUGGAAGCCUGAAGUGAUCAAACGCGCACGUGCUUCGACUGAGGUUCUGACCGCACGAUUAAUGGAAUAUCAGGGCAAGGAUCGUCGUAGUUUUGUCAAGGAUGAGAUUUUGGGUCCUCGAGGAUUGAUGAUCAGUGAUCCGACCGACGAAGAAUUGACGUUCUUGUCCGAUCCAAAGUCCUUACCUGCUGACAUUUUAGUCUUUUUGGGACACGCUAUCUCGCGACGUGCCAGUCUGGGCUGGACCACCAUCGGUCAUACAGGUGUCGAUGUCAACAUCUAUGCAGACGGAGACAAUGAUGGCUUCAAGGAUCUGUGGGGUAACCAUGAAAAUACUGAUAUUGGUGAUGCUCUCAUUAGAUACUUGAACGUUGAUUUGUCAUAUAUCACCAAGAGGUUGGCAAAAGACGCCGAAAAAUGGUUCAAGUCCAAGCGUGAUGGAUUUUGGAGUACCAGUCAUGCUCGCAGCCAUCACGAAGAAACAGGCCAUUAG